AUGCGCGUCGCUAUUGCAGGCUCUGGUGACUUUGCUCGCUAUCUCAGCGAAGAACUGGUCGCUGGCGGCUUUCAAGUCACCAUCCUGACACGCUCCGUCAAGCCUCACUUCGAGAAUCGUCCCGGCGUCACGCAAUUUGUCACGGACUACUCGGUCGCAUCCAUCGUCAAAGGCAUCCAAGACAGCACCGUCCUCAUCUCCGCCAUUCUGGACUAUGGUGCCACCUUCGUUGAUGUCCACCUCCGUCUCAUCGAUGCGUGCAAACAGAGUCCUGCUUGCAAGCGCUUCAUCCCGGCUGAGUACGGCGGAAAUCUCGAGAAAUUCCCAGACCAGCCGGGCUUCUACUACCGUGUCCACGAACCUGUGCGCAAGGCGCUGCGCGAGCAGACUGAACUUGAGUGGACUCUCAUCGCCGUCGGCUGGUUCAUCGACUAUAUCAUGCCCAGCCACAGCCGUUACCUCAAGGAUGCUGGCGACGCCUUCCCCAUAAACCUCGUGGACCGCAAAAUCCUUAUUCCCGGCACGGGUGAUGAGCCCCUCGACGUGACCAGUGCAAGAGACGCCGCCAAGGCAAUCACCAUGCUGGUGCAGGCUCCGAAGUGGGAGCACCACACCAACAUAUCUGGAGAGAAGACGACCUGGAAUACUGUAGCGGCCCUGAUGCAGUCCAAGUAUCCCGACUUGACGGUAGAACACCGCAGCCUUUACCAGCUGAUCGAGAACAUUGUCUCGAGCAAGGACGAUUUCACAACUAUCAUCGCAGAAUACCAGAUCUUCUCGGUGAGCCAGGCAGGAUCUUUGGAUCCCGCCAAAGUCGCCGCACACCGUGAUGCGUACUUCCAGGGGGUCAAGUUCCGGUCUGUGCAGGAGAUGCUGGAGGACGCUGAGAAGCACCCGGGAACCAUUAUCUGA